ACUAAAUAUGGAAACCUAACUAAGCCAAGGACUAACACGUCAUCUAAAUGGUUUUGGAACCAAUUUCAGAUCUGCCAACUGCUCACAUGGAAGUGUGGUAGAUACAGUAUUGUAUCAGGUAUGUCACCAAUAUUACUUUUUACUAUACACAAGUAUUUUCAUGUUCUGAUAUAUUUUUUAUUAACAGGUGCUCUGCCACCAGAAAUUAUUUUAUUAUUGAAAUUCAACUAUUAACAUUUUAAAAAUAACAUAUACCCAAGUUCCAAUUAUAAAUGUGUUUAUAUUUUAGCAUAUAAAAUUUUGACUACUAUUUAAGUCAACAAUUUUUGUUUCAGGUGCAGUCCAUGAUUUGUAUAAAGCUAAAAUUGAGUAUAUUCAUCAGGACACAAAGGCUGUAAUCUCCACUGUAGACACAGCACUGGACACACAUUCUAUCCAAAAAGUUUUCACUGAGCAACAGCAGUGGUGGAAUGGCCAGAGAGGUACUAGAGGAGUAGAAGCUGAAUAUUGUUGGAAGUGUCAUUUUUGUAAGUUCUCUGAACUUUGUGAAUGGAGGGAAAUAAUGGCUGCAAAACAAGGUUGUUUGACAAAACCUUAA